AUGUUUUCGGGCUUUCGUCGCUGCUUGAAUACCGUCAAGGAAAUGAUUGAUUGUUUGCCUGGGUUCGGACGACUAAUAGGUGCUCAGACGUGGAAUCUAGAAAAUUUCUGGGAUUUAUUUUUGUAUGGCGAAUGGAAUGAUCAAAAUGUUACGAACGCUGAAGCUUUGAUCGCGGUUCAGUUGGAAAAGUGGAUUUUACGGCUUUUGAGUACUCCAGCGCCCGUUCCUGGCAGCACUUUUAUUAAAAUUUUGCUUAGAUCAAGGGAUUACAAUGCUCUCACCAUGUGUAUACUAGCGUUGACGAAGAUGCUCUAUCCAUUGCAGUAUAUGUUUCCUGUAAUUCCACUCCUUCCAACGUCCCUUCCUAAUGCUGAACAGAUUCUCUUAUCACCAACGCCCUUCCUUAUCGGCAUACCUUCGAGUUUCUUAAAAGAAAAAGGUCAGCACGUUCCAUUGUCAGAAAUUUUGCUGGUGGAUAUUGAUUCUGGGCAGGCAUUGGAAUUGAUGAAAAAAGGCACAAAUUUGUCACCUGAUGCCAUUGUCAACUUGAUUACGCGGCCUCAACGACCGACCAUUGAUGACUCUGAUCCCGGUGCCUCAGAUCCCACCUGCGCAACAGACUACGUUACUCCCGUCGAUGUUGAUAUAAUUGAUGUGGCAACACGGGUUGCCAUGGUGCGCUUUCUCAAUUCUCCGGCUAUUCUUGGUGACUUCACUGAGCACACGCGAACCCUGCGCCUCUUUCCACGUCCAGUUGUCACAUUCCAAUAUGCCUCCUUCAUGCGGUCUCGUCCGGCCAUAUAUCCCUUUACUCAAAAACUUGCGAAAACGCAGGUUCGCAUCUCCUACAAUGAUCCCUGGGCUGUUGAAAAUAUCCGCCUUGAACCCUGGCUCUGUGAAAAAGUUAACGGCGAAUUAUUGCGAUGCAAUGAUUCCACUGAUCAGUCGCAAUGCGCUCGAAGCCUUUUAGUGAACUACCGCGAAUUCUUUUCUGCCCCGCGCGGGGUGGAGGAGGCUGCCGCCUAUGCUCGAGUCAUCCGCGAACACGAGGCCUCUGGGAGGAAGGGCCGUCGGCCCUCGGUCUCGUCGCGAGAUCACACCACAGUACCAUCAUGUUCAGAGCAUAUUUCCGAUGAUACCCUUUCUUCUAGCCCCUCCGAAAGUGAUGACAAUUCAGAUAAGGAUGAUUCCGAUAUCUGGGAUUUGAAAUGGUCGAUGUCGAUGAACCCUGCCGGAGCGACUGAGGCACCUUCAACUAGUCCGGUGGGGAACACUAUGCCUACUGGAAGGAAGUCUGCAUACAAAAAGCCUGCAACCAAUGGAGGUGUUAUUCGCCCUGAAGGGAUCAAACUGGAUAAACUUACGAAGAAAGGGUCCUUCCCAUGGAGUUCCAAAAACGAUAAUGGGACAGGUUUGGUGGGGCGUGAGGCGGAAGAUGAUGUGGAUGAACUGAAUCUGGGAGCGCAUCUCUUAACAAACCUCUCGGACGCCAUCUCGGGUGCUAACAACAUUUUCUCCAAGAUUCUCAAGAAGCAGGAGAUGCUGAAACAGCUGACGCAGGCCAUAUGGUCGGGCGAUAGAGUGGGUCUUCGCACGAAACACGAGGUGCAGAGUCUCAUGGAAGACGAGCGCUACCGAAACUACGUCCUCGUAAAGCUGCUCGCCGAAUCUUACGAAUUCCACUACGAACCGGAGUUGCAUGUCCCCAAUGUGGUGGGUUUUGCGUCAGCCCUCCAGGACAUCCUGAUGUUCCGCCACUUGGUGUGGCUCACGAAGGCCGUGAUCUGCGGCUACGAGCGCAAUUGGGUAGACCGCGGCAUUCAUGGCGUAGGCAGUGCAUUUCUCCUCCUCGAACUAGCGCAUACACACUUCUGGGACCAGUCUAUCGCCCUCGAGCACGAGCUCAAAACCUCCAAGCAGAGGGACAACGGCAGCCGAGCUGCGUCGCAGCAGUCUGGUUGGAGGUUCAACCGCCGACGGACUUCAAGCCUCACUCUCUCAAAGCAUUUCUAG